AUGAUCAGCGCCGUUGAUCCUACCAGCAAAAUCGCCUUAACCGGUGUGAUGCCAUCGGUGAACGGUGCUUUGUCGAAACUGCUGUGCCCAUGCUACAGUCUAAAAGAGUCUCAAGGAGGAGAAAUUGCGAGAAACGAAGAAACAGAUCGCUAUGAACCUCGCGAGACGGAGCACCUGAUUCGCGUUGAUGAGACAACGCAAGAGCAACGACCAGAUAACGUCCUGACGAAGGAAGUCGCAGGCAGCCAGACCAUUGUUGAGCAGCAGCCCGCGGCUGUCACGGUGGAAGUGACGACUCCUAUCAGUGAAGAGCUUACUGAGGAGCAGGAUUUUUGUGGGGUGCUUAGCGAUCCAUUCCAAUUUCUCGCUAUUGUUGUCGUUCUCCUCGUGUGGACAUUCGUGGUCGUGUUUCGUGGUGCGUUUGUAAAAACGCCUUCGGCCUCACCGGUCGCUCCAAUGACGAUAUUUACACAAGCACCUUGA